AUGCAAGCUCUUAUUUUAAAGCUAAUUAUUAUAGUUUCUAUUCCAAUCAUUAUAGGUGUUGGAAUAGUAUUAACUGUAUUCUAUAAGCAGCUAUGGAUUGCACUCGAUGAGUGGACUUUAAUAUAAACAAAUAAAUAGGGAAAGGGACAGUAGUGUAUGGAUAAAUCAGACGCAGUAAUAAAUCCUAUACAAUUCUGUACUAUCACAGUAACUUCUAGAAUAGUACAGCUUUAACUAACUCUAAUUGCAUCUGGUGGUUAUGAAAAGUUUACUCUCAAAAUAUUAAUAAUCUAUCAUCAUUUAGUUUCUUUUUAUGGAAGGGCAUCUUUUCUAGCAACUCAAAAAGAAGGACUUAUUUAUUUGAGAUACUUAUAUAAUUCAGAUACAACUUCUAUUUUAUAUGGCAUACCUUCAGCAUUUUUUAACUAUACUGAUGCUGAUUAUGAAUCCUGUAUGGGAAGCGGUUUCAUAGAACCAUAUGACCCAAGAUGUAGACCUUGGUACACCUACGCUUAGUAAAAUCAAGUAUUAAGUAUUAUAGAUAAUAAAAAAACUACAAAAAAAAUAAAAACCAUUACCACCUAUUUCUACUUUACCCUUUUAAAAUUUUUAGAUAAGAAAAAUUUUAUGAGAUUCUUCAUUUAUGAGCCUUAUCUCAAUGCUGUAGAAGGUAAUUUACUGAUGACUCUUUCUAGUUAAGUUGAUUAUAAAAACGAGUUUUAUUCAGUAGAUAGUAUUGAUUUCGAAUUGUAAAACAUAGUUUAAUUAUUUAAUUCAGCUUUAAGUGAGAACGCAUAUUCAGUACUAAUUCAUGAGUUCAAUCAAACAGUAUUUUAUCAUCCUAUGCUAUUAUUCUAUCAGGUUCUGUCUUGGGCAGAUGUAGAAUUUAUUAAUAUAAAUUAAUACUGCAGCGAUUCUGUAGAAUUAAUGUAAUAAUGCUAUAACUAAAAAGAAGACUUUUCUAGUUAAAUAGAUGAGACAAUACAAUUUAUCAAAAAUGGAAAUUAUUCUAUUGAAGAUCAAUUUAACUUAGAUUAACUGUAUUAAAGAUGGGAAAGAUUUGGAUAAAAACUGAUAAGCAUAAUUUUCCCUAUCAAGAGCUAGAUAAAAGGAUUUAAUAACCAAUAGCCAUAUUCUUACGCUAUAUUAAUGACCGCAAGAGUAAUAACAGAUAAAAGCGAUGACCUGAAGUUGUUUCACCUUUUGAAUUAAAAUGACUAAUCUGAUAAUGGAUAGUAAAUUAAAAUAAAUUAAAUAAAAAGUAGCCAAAAUAAAUUUAUAACAGAGGAAUAGCAGUUAAUGAAGCAAAGUCAUUCUAAAUAUAAUUUUAAAUAAAUUGAUGAUGAGUAGAAGUAUUUAAAAAAAUACUAAGAAUAAUUAUCGCCAAAAAUUAAUGAAGCAAGAUCUAUAUUGAAUAAUUCAAAUACCUAUAAUUAAUCAUAAAUUAUGUUUAAAAAGUAAAUGAAAUUGAAUGAAUUUAUACCAAAUAAGUCACUAUAAAGUAGUUCUUAUAAUACAAUUUACUAAAAAAAUACAUAAGAAAAAAACUACUCAGCUUUAAAAAUAAGGAAAAGCAUUGGUAAGUCUAAGCUUAGUUCUAAAUAUUCUUAGAAAAAUGAUAACUUUGAUUAUGUUUAAUAAUUAGAAUUCCUCUAAGAAAAGAACAAAGACGAAAAUUCUUAGAAUCAAAACUCAAAAGAUGUUAUGAAUACUCUUUUUCAUUUCACUAAGGCCAAAGCUACUUUUUAAUAACUCAAAAACCAAAUUGGUCUGUCUAGAUGUUAUUCUAAUCUUGUUUAGAAGUUCUUGGUUUAGACUAUUUAAGCUUAAUCAAUCAAAAAUUAAUUUUCAAAUAAGAAGAGGGAACAGAGAGCUAACUUACAAUUCUAUGCAAAAGAAUUUGUUCAAAAGCAUAUUCUUGCAAAUAAUAUGCUCUUUAAUAGAUUUACUUAGAAGAUAACUCCUUUGAAAAUAAUUAUUUCUUUGAAUAAAUUCACUAGAGUCAUAUAAAGCGGUUGA